AGUGCACUGAUAAACAGCUCUGCAUCAACAAACCACUAUUUUCCAACUGACUGUGAAAGAAUCUCCAGGGUAAGACUAAAGACAGCAAAGAUGAGAUAUCUGCUCACAAUAACAUCAAUCAAGGAAUACGGUGGCAUGAGGUGUCCAGUGAAGUGGCUGGUGAUGUACAUGCUCAUCACCAUAGAUACUACGCAAGUACUCUCCUACCGAGGACAGUUAAACAUUUGCGGUUUGCAAGACGGUUGUCGGUUAGACCAACAAACUGGAAUCCUCAACUGUAAGGAUCUUGACAUGCGAGAUAUUCCGAGACAAGCCUGCCCUGAAAUAAAACAUCUGGAUAUGCGUUAUAAUCACCUGGAAAGGUUUUCAACACGAAUUAAUGAUUACUACCCAAACCUGGGAACGCUUGAUUUUGGGGCAGCUAAGAUUACCUCAAUCUCACUUAAAGUCUUUGAAAAUUGUAGCACACUAAUUAAGAUCUUUAUGGAUAGCAAUGCCAUUACAAAUAUUAAAAAAUAUACCUUUGAAGGCUUGACAUCACUUAAAUACCUGUACCUCUCUGGAAAUAAACUUACAAGGAUUCAGCGAAAUAUCUUUGACCCACUGAAUAAAACAUUGCUCUACCUGGACCACUCCCACAAUAAAGUGCACAAAAUCCAAGAAAAGGCCUUCCAGGAGCUGUCAAGACUUGAGCGUCUCUUUCUUCAGAACAAUCAGCUGACCACAAUAAACUCUGGGAUGUUGAAAGGCUUGAAAUCUUUGACCCAUCUCUAUCUGUCAAACAAUAAUAUUACUUAUGUGCCACAUGCUACAUUCAAGGAAAUGCCACUCCUGCAGGAACUGAAGCUCGGCAACAACCCAGGAUUAAUAUCCAUUCAUUCUGGAGCUUUAAAUCACCUUGCACAGUUAAGGUUCUUGGAUCUCAUGCGGACAAAUAUCUCAACCCUAAAGAAUGUCUCGCAUCUGUUUUCACACAAUUCACAAUUAACAAACUUUCACAUUGCAGAUACACCUUUGGUCUGUGAUGAAAGUUUUGAAUUAUGGGAGAACUGGUAUAAAGGUGCCAAGUCCCAUCCACGAAAUACUGCUACAUGCUCUGAAGUUCCAUCAGAACCAAUGACAACAAUCACAAGGAGGCUGUCUUCAGAAGGAACACCCUACUCCAAUUUCUUGAAAGAGCCAAAUGAUGCAAGACAAAAUCGAAUGCAAGUUUUAAUUAUCACUGCCAUGGCUCUAUUGUCUUUGAGCCUCAAUACCUGACAUUUAUAAUAAAUCAGACUGAAAAUUUGAAGUAUAAAAUAUAUUUAAAGUAUAAAGUAUAUUUUUUUUAAUGAUAAAUUUUUAUAUUGAAUAUGCAUUUGCCUGUACAGAUUUUUUUUAAAUAAAUAAUUGAAUAAAUAAUAAUAAUAAUAUUAACAAUUAUUAUACUAAGAGCGGGCAUAAAUCCAUAUUGUAAUACGUAACAAAUCAAUAAAUAAUAGUCAAUAAAUAAUAAAAAUCUUACGUCCAUAUAUAUUUGUAUAUAAAUAUAUUUAAACCUUCAGGCCCUAGAUAUCUAAAGUUAUUAGAUUAUGCAGUAAAGACCAAUAUAAUAUAAUAAUGUAUGCUGUAUGCUAAAAAUGGCAGAUACCUACCUUUAUGUAAGGCAAUUCAACAAAAGGACGCACAUCUCGCGACAUCAAAGGUUAUAACUCUGGCAUCGACAUUCUACGCGCACCACACGCCUCUACACGUUGAUCUUCACAAAAACCAUAGCAAUCAAACCAUAAUUAACCGUCAGAGUGUGACAAAUUACUAUACAUGCGUGUCAGUUGUCAUGAUAAUUGUGCGUCGUGCGGUGGUUACAAAGGCCUAAUGAAUUUGCAUUAGCAUUAGACUGAAUUUAUUUCAACUCAAAUUUUAAUGAUGAGGUGGUGUCCGGUGGUUCAUGAGACUCACUUUGCAGAAAAAAACAAGUAAAUUUUCUGUAUGUACUCAAAUGUUCGUUUUGUGCACCUUAGUCCAACACUGUCAAAAUGACAAUUUAAUGUUAUAUAAGAACAUGAAUUUUUAUAAAAAUCGUAACUUUUUAUUUGCUAUAACUUUUCAUUUUGUUGGUAAAUUUUCACGAAUCAAACUGUAGUUUAUAGGAGCACUUCAUAAGAUCAUGGUAAAAAGAAAUCAGAUGUAACAGACAUUGCGAUGUACCCAAAAAUAAUAAAAUAGUAACUAACACCAUAAAACGUAUGGCAUGCAUAGCCUAAUAACUGACAGCUGUACCUGCAACUACUAUCGGGUUGUCGAUGCCGCAGUAAAGAUCAAAGGACCGUACGCACGCACUAUGAGAGAGGACAUGUGCAUCCUUUUGUUGAAUUGCCUUGCUUUAUAAGGUCUGUCUGAGUCUACAUUUGGCGCAAUACAAAUCACAUUAGGGCCGAGGCCAAAAAACACAGCUAAGAUUAGGUGUUGUUGUUGAUUUGAGCCUGUAUAGUUUUUCAAUACAUUCAAAUAAUUUUUCUGAUUGUUAAGAUUGUGCAGUACUUAAAGGAAACCUACAAAAUAUAUGGAAUACCAUGAUUUUGUUGGGUACAAUUAUUUAAUAAAGCAUACAGUAUUCAGAUUGUAACCUGUUGUGUGGUAUUUUGAAUAAACUUUAACCUAUAUAUCUGUUUGGCUGCAAUUGUUAAAAAACUGAAUGUUUACCAGAUUUUGCUGUAUUGGUGGCCCCAAUUCCG